AUGUCAUUCGACGAGCUUUAUGAGAGUUGUUUUCGGAACGCAUCGCUUGUAAGGGUCCCACAGGGAAAACCGACGAAGGACGAUGCCUCGUAUUUGGUGACGCUCGAUCAUGUCAUGAACAGCAGCCGUUACGUGGUGUUUUUUCUGACUGCUGGUGCGAAAGGGGCCGAUUUGAGCUUGAAACUUGACAAUAUGAUACGUAAGAAGAAUGAGAAAGGCGACAAGGAUAAAGUUCAGAACUCACCGGCACGUAUACGUCGUUUCUUCAGCAUGAAAAAGAAGAAGAAGAAGGAUAGCAAUGGUAGCAGCGACACCUCUCUGAUUUCGGUUGUUCUUAUUGACACGGAUUAUCGUUCGAACUCCGAGGAAAGUUCCUCGUCACAGCUUGCACAACCUGGCUGGUAUGUGUACGCACCACAGCUGCUGGCUACAAAGAGUCGACUUCUACGAGCGUUAGGUUUCGAAUUCCCGCCAUCACUAAUAAUUGUCGAUACGGCUUCAAGGAGUGUGGUGACAACAGAAGGACGACGAUUACUGGUUGAUGACGUGAAUGGGACAUCAUUUCCAUGGUGGCCACCAGCUGCGCUAGAAGUACUAAAGGGCAACAUUUUACGCCGAGUAAAUGGUACAGUGGAGACAUCAGACUUUUCGACAAUCAAAACAACUGUUCGUGGGCUCUUAUUUGGAGCACAAUGGUGUCCCCCAUGCCGCCAGUGGGUGAAACAACUGGUACCUGUCUACGAGCAAAUGAAAGCGAAUGGAAUCUCAUUAGAAAUCAUCUUUUGUUCAUCGGACAGGACCCAAGAGGCUUUCGAUCAAUUCACAGCACAGAUGCCAUGGCCUGCGUUUGCCUAUGAUCCCUCCAAAACCACAGCCUUGACAAGGGUCUACAACAUAAGCGGAAUCCCAUCUUUGAUUCUUCUGGACUCGUCUGGUAGAGUGAUCACUAAUCAUGGUCGGUCGUCUUUACUGGAAGAUCCGGCUGGUCGUUAUUUCCCAUGGGGUCCUCGUCCAUUGUAUGAGCUUAACGAAUAUACCGUCUGCCGCCUCAGAGAUGAGCCAUCGUUGAUUCUUUUCACAGAAGGCUCGACCGAUGACAUUCAAUUCUCUCUGUCUGUGAUGGAUGCGCUGUCGAAACGAUUAUUUGAAGAACGUAUGAAAAUUGAAGAACGACGUCUGGAAGAGGCCGAAAAGAAGUGUGAUGAAAACGCUGAACAAGAAGGAAAUGGACUAUCCAAAUCGGCUAGUAGCGAAGACUCGACUGGCUCGGAUUUACCGAUACCCCCACAAGCUGACCCAUUGCAACUUCUUUACACAGGAGAGGAUCCAAUAUGUGACCACAUUCUUGAGUCGAUCCUCGGUCUUGGUGAUGUUGAGCUGCCAUUGAUCUGCAUUGUUGAUGGCCUGGCCGGCCAUCUAUGUGUCUGUGAUCGUCCUGACGUCUCUGAAGCUGUGCUGGACGAGUUUGUUGCUGAAUAUCGGGCUGGCAAACUCCAAUGGACUCCACUGCCGGCUGCCAACCAAAAUGCGCCAAAAAGUGUCGGUGGCAUUCCGAGUGCUAUCAUCGAACAGGCUCUUAUCAGUCAUUCUCCAUCGCAGAAUUCCAUGGGUGGUGCUAAAGAAGAGGUGAAAGCCGUCUAA